CUUGUAAACUAGAUACAUAACAGGUAAACUAGAUACUUGAGUGGGAAAGAGAAAGGCUAAAAAAUUUGGGAUACAAGGGAUUGUUUUCUUUUACAUUUCCUCCUGUCUCUGUUAACUAGCUAGCGUAUGUCAGCAUCUGCACUACUUAAAACUUUGUCUUAGCUUAAGGAUUGAUUGGCCUCCAAAAUAAGUGAACAACAAGAAUAACACUGUUACAGCAGAAGAUUUGUCUCUACAGACCACACUUCAGUUCCUCUUAUAAUCAGCAGAAACACAAAGUAAAAGAUUUCCUUUAGGCUUAAUCAAAGCUUUGCAGGGGCAGAACUCCAAUUUCCACUCUGCUGCAUUCUUUGCUCUGCUAUAUGACCAACUUAAUAGCAUAAACUCAGCCUUGAAAAGAAGCAUAACAAAGUUUUUCGAGGGGCGAAAUUAGCAACUCAGCUUGAGAAUCACGGUGCUUCCAUUAAUGACACUCUUUGGAGCGCUUUUUUUCUUGAUCAAAGACCCAAACCUUAUCAAACAGUGCCAGUGCACUCUGCAACUGCAUGUGCUGUGCAUGGUCUCCAAUGCGGCGACGUCCAUAGCAGUGUUGGUGUCACGGCCUGUAACAUUCGUAACUGGAAAUGCCAAGAAGCUGGAGGAAGUGAAAGAAAUCUUGGGCCAAUUCCAUCCCUUUUCAGUCCCUCAAGCUUGGGUGUUGUUGCUGCAAGAUACAUGUCUUUGUUUCAAUGCCCUACAGGGUCUUCCAGGGCCAUGCAUGUAUGUUCUAUUUCAUUCUUGCUAAAUUCAAAGGUGUAACCCUUAUUCUCACUUCCAUUUGAUAAAAACUGGGUUUGGAAUUAG